UGCAUAUCCUCUAUGCAUGUUUUUUGUUUUUUGUUUUGACUGAUUUGUCGGUAAUUUAGUGCGUGUGUGCAUGUGAAAUAGUAACGUCCUCACAUGCCAGUCUCAAAUUAACUAUUAAGUCUGCGUAGAUAAAUUCUUUGGAAACCCACAAAAUAUAUUGGGAUCUGUGUUUCUGGGAUUGUCUGCUUUGUUUUCUGUUUGAUUGGUUGAUUCAUGGGUCAUUCACUCUUCUAUGCAGUUUAUCUGUCAUUCCUUUUUCUUGGUCCAUGUUAUUCUCUCUCUAAUGUAGAUCAAGAGAGAGAUAGGAUCACAAAGUUGCCUGGGCAGCCAAGCAUUGCUGGAUUUGCUCAGUACUCUGGUUAUGUGACUGUCAAUCAGCAAGCUGGGAGGGCAUUGUUUUACUGGUUGGUUGAGUCUCCGACGAGUCGUGGAGCUGAUUCAAGGCCACUCGUGUUGUGGCUCACUGGAGGGCCUGGUUGUUCAUCUAUAGCUUAUGGAAGUGUUGAAGAGAUUGGACCUUUUCGCAUUCAAUCUGAUGGGAAGACCCUUUACUUGAAUCCUUAUGCUUGGAACAAAUUGGCAAAUUUGCUCUUCCUUGAAUCACCAGCUGGUGUUGGUUUUUCGUAUACAAACACUACAUCAGAUUUAUAUACUGCAGGUGACCAGAAAACAGCUGAGGAUUCAUAUACAUUUCUUGUCAAUUGGUUUGAAAGGUUUCCACAAUACAAGCAUAGAGAUUUUUACAUUGCUGGGAAUAGUUAUGCAGGUCAUUAUGUUCCCCAGUUGUCUCAAAUUAUAUACCACCGAAACAAGGGGAUUAAGAACCCUAUUAUCAAUUUCAAGGGUUUCAUGGUGGGGAAUGCGGUUACCGAUGAUCACCAUGAUUUAAUUGGGACAUUUGAGUACUGGUGGACCCAUGGUUUAGUUUCUGACUCAACCUAUAGAAUGCUUCGAAUAGCCUGCAACGGAUCCGCUCUACAUCCUUCAAGUGAUUGCAUUAAAGCUCUCACUCUUUCAGGGACGGAACAGGGAAAUAUUGAUCCAUAUAGCAUUUUCACGCCCCCUUGCAAUAAUACUUCAUCACUAAGCCGCAACUUAAGGGUUCAUUAUCCAUGUAUGUCCAGAGCAUAUGAUCCUUGCAGUGAGAGAUAUUCACCAGUGUACUUCAAUCUCCCUGAAGUUCAGAAGGCAUUCCAUGCGAAUGUAACUGGGAUUCCUUAUCCCUGGAAUACAUGCAGUGAUAUUGUUGGUAAUUACUGGGGGGAUUCUCCACUAUCCAUGCUUCCAAUUUACCGAGAGCUAAUAGCUGCUGGUCUGAGGAUAUGGGUAUUCAGUGGGGAUACUGAUUCAGUGGUUCCUCUGGCUGCAACUAGAUACUCCAUCAAUGCUUUGAAGCUUCCUACUAUUACUAACUGGUACCCGUGGUAUGACAAUGGAAAGGUUGGUGGGUGGAGCCAAAUAUACAAGGGGCUGACUCUUGUAAUAGUAACUGGUGCAGGACAUGAGGUUCCGCUUCUUCGACCUCGAGAAGCUUUUGUUCUUUUCAGAUCAUUUUUGAGCAACAAGCCCAUGCCAAGCUGAUCCCACUUGCUCUGAUUCAUCUCAUCCAUGACAAAUAAGCAUAAAUUGAUAGAAACUAAUUUCUUGGGGCUGGAAAAGUAAAAGCAUCUCCAGGAGUAUGUUAAAAUACUCUUUUGUGUAAAAUAUACAUUAUCACGUAUGAUGGAUAAAUUUUUCUUAUCUCCAAUUGUAUGUUAAGAUAUACUCCGACGUCACCAAUGUGUAAAAUUAUCUUUUUACACAAUUACAUCAGCAUAUUUUCUUUCUC